CCCACUAGAUUCUAUGACCCUUCGGUAAGGGUAGCUCUAGGUAUUGAGGGGGAUAUGAGGAAACUUUUCUCUUAUGCUAGGGUAGAGAGUUGGUUAGACUUACAUGCCAACACAUAUAGAAGACUUACACUUGAUUUUUUUAUCCUCUUUAUAUGUGCAUCGUUACACCAACCUCUCCCCACGUUACAUGACCUUUCAAUUGAUGAACCAACCCCAGAAAAUGACAAUAGAACAGGUGGGCACGGCCUUUGGGUGGCCGGAGGGUAAGUUCGGACCUAAGGAUAGGACCUCCAAAUACUUUUAUCCCGGUGAAUUUUGGCAAAAGAUCACUGGUAAAACCGAUAGAAAUCCUAGGUCAGAUAAGGCCACCUCCAUUGUAAACCCCGCUUUCCGCCUUGCUCAAAGGCUCACUCGCUCACUCACUCUCCCCCUUCUCUUAUAUAUUUUCACUGUUGUCCCUUCCAUUUGCAACUGUGCCCUCAAAUUCCACAAGCUUAUCAUUCCUUCUCCCUCUUUCCCUUUUUCAAUUUUUCAUAGCAUCGCUUUUCAUUUACACUUUCCAGACGAUGGGGAGUAAUUUUGUUCAAGUGAACGAAGCCAUAGUUAUCAUCCCAUCAGAGCCCACCCCAAACUGCACGCUUCCACUCUCCACCCUUGAUUCUCAGCUCUUUCUCCGCUUCAGUAUUGAGUAUUUGCUUGUCUACACUCCUUCCCCUGGGUUGGAUCGCAGGGGAUUCUCUGCUCGUGUUAAGUCGGCUUUGGGACGCGCUUUGGUACAAUACUAUCCCUUGGCGGGUCGAGUUCAAGAGAGCCAUGAUGGGCCUCUCCAGGUUGUGUGUCGGGCUCAGGGGGUUGUGUUUGUUGAGGCUCAUUCUGGCUACCAGAGGGCCGGCUUUGAGAGGGCCCCACGCUACGUGGGGGAGUGGCGCCAGCUCUUGUGGUUACACGUGGAAGAUGUUUUGAAGGGGGCUCCACCUCUUGUUGUCCAACUGACGUGGCUUGCUGACGGCACGGUGGCAAUCGAGUUCGGGUUUAACCAUUGUGUGUGUGAUGGGAUUGGGAGUGCUGAGUUCAUCAACUCAUUUGCCGAGUUGGCUCGUGGAGGUGUGGUUCAGGGGCCCAAACCUGUAUGGGAUCGUCACUUGCUUGACCCGUUUCCAUCGAGUAAGCCCAAGGGGAGUGUCCGUGUUAACUCAGUGAGUCAUCCCGAGUUUAGCCGAGUUCAGGAUUGCUGUGAGUUCCUUGCUAGAUUCUCUAGGGAAACACUGGUCCCAACUUCUAGUGUCUUUGUCAAGUUUCAGAUCAGCCAACUCAAACGACAAGCUAGUCGACUCACCGAGUUAGCAAAAUACACGUCAUUUGAAGUUGUCUCGACCCAUAUUUGGAGAUGUUGGCCUAAAUCGUUACACAUGCCCUCUAACCAGGUCGUAAGACUUGUUUUUAGUGUCAAUUUUCGGAACCGAAUCAAACCGGGUUUACCCGUUGGAUUUUAUGGUAAUGGAUUCGCGCUUGCAUGCGCCCAAAGCACGGUUAAGGACAUAAACGAAAGGGGGUUGGGCUAUGCUUCGGAUCUAAUAAAAAGUGCAAAAGAAAGAGUAAAUGGUACGUUCGUAAGAGAAGUGAUCGGGUUGGUGAGUGGGAAUCGGACGAGUCCUGACUCAGUAGGGGUGUUGAUACUGUCCCAAUGGUCAAGGCUUGGGCUGGAAAGAGUUGACUUCGGGGUUGGAAAACCAGUGCAUGUGGGGCCCAUUUGCAGUGAUAGGUACUAUUUGUUAUUGCCAAUUCAUAAUCAGAGGGAGGCGGUGAGGGUGAUGCUAGCUGUCCCUACAAGUGUCGUUGACAUGUACCAACAUUUAUUAACAAAACCUUUCUCUUCUAAUUAA